GCGCCCGCUCGAGCUGCUCCCCCAGCAAAGGACGCACCAGUCCCGCCAGUCGCAUCGGAGAGCUCCCACACAGCUGGUCAGAGGAAUGAAGAGGUGGACACGCCGCUGUCUCCUGGCGGCAGCAGUCGGCAAGGAGGUGGAUCGACUCUGACGCAGGCCAAAAAGUGAGCAUUGUGGGCAAUGACGUAAGGGGUCAGGAAAAAAAAAAAAAAAAAAAGCUGGCUGACUCGAUGGCUUCCCAUGACUCCCCUCAGCAUCGUCAUGACAGAGGCUGGUCGAGGAUCGUGGUACGACGCAGAGGGGCGGCCGAUGGAUGCCUACGUCGUGGGAGUAGCUGGUGGCUCGGCAUCGGGCAAGACGUCGGUAGCCAAGUCCAUACUACGGGCAUUGCCAAACGUUCCCUGGGUGGCCAUCGUCUCUCAGGAUUCCUUCUACAAGUCGCUCAACGCGCAGCAGAGCAGAUUGGCCCACGCAAACAAUUACGACUUUGAUCAUCCCAAUGCCUUCGAUUACGAGAUCUUGUACGAGUGCGUCAGGGAUCUGAAAAGAUCCAGAGCGGUAGAGAUUCCGACGUACAGCUUUGUGGAGCACCAGCGAAUGAAGCAGACCAGCUACAUGUACGGCGCAACGGUGCUGAUCGUCGAAGGCAUAUUUGUGCUGCACGAUCCCGCCAUUCGAGAUUUGCUGGACCUCAAGAUAUUCGUGCAGGCAGACAGCGACUUGAUGCUGGCCAGGAGGAUACGCAGAGACAUUGCUGAGCGUGGCAGAGACGUCGAAGGGGUGCUGGAUCAGGUGCGUGUAUGCGCUCGUUCAGAGCGUACCGUUGCGAGGAGAGAGGGUGGCAGUAGCGCUAGACUGACGGCGGCGCCCGCCCCUGCCUCCUUCGCCCGAAGUACUUGCGCUUCGUCAAGCCAAGCUACGACAAUUUUGUCUCUGCCACUUCCAAAUACGCAGACAUCAUUGUGCCAGGACAGAGGAAUGAGGUGCGCAGGUGGCGCGCCUCGUUGCAGGGCGGGACGUCAUUGACAUUGUGGUCCUCGCGCCUUGUUCAUCCAGGUCGCGAUCGACGUCAUCUCACAACACAUCAAGCGCCAGUUGUCAUCUCGAGCUACGCGGCUGCGCUCAGAGCUGUCAAUGACCCCUGCAACUCCACGCAGGGAGGUCCGACAGUCGCCCUUCGAGAUGAGCCCGUUGCCAAUGGCGCGGACAGGCUCCAGCGCUCUUGCGAUUCCCGAGGACCAGCUUCCUCCCAAUGUGGAUCUGCUCGCUCAGACCCCACAGCUGCAGGCUCUCCUCACUACGAUGCACGACAAGACGGUCAGGGGCGAGGAUUUCAUCUUUACCAUCGACCGCGUAGCAGCGCUGGUACUGGAACGCGCCACUGUCCAUCUACCCCACCGCGAAAAGAAGAUCACACUUUUCUCGGGAAAGGAGCACAUCGGAUGCGAAGUAGCUGCGGAAAACAUCUGCUCCGUUUCGAUUUUGAGGAGCGGGGCAAUCUUGGAACCUUCUGCCAGGCGAGCCAUCCCAGCUUUGCAAGCAGGCUCUCUGCUCAUCCAAUCAGAUAAGGAAGGAGAACCGAAGCUGUACACUGUCGACCUGCCUCGGUUCCUUCGCAGUCCAACGAACGCCCAAUCGGCUUGGGUGCUGCUAUUAGACUCUCAAUUGGGAACAGGAGCAGCAGCCUUGAUGGGCGUUCGAGUGCUGCUGGAUCAUAACGUCAAGGAAGAGCACAUCAUCUUUGUUACGCUGCUAGCAUCUGCACGAGGUGGUGUGCACGCCCUUCAUCGAGCAUUCCCAAGAGUCAAAAUUGUCGUGGGAGGGGUGGACCCGGAUCUGAAGAGGAGGGUUGUACCUGCCCCUCUGAUCGUGCCCGAAGCGCAUGCAGUGGACCCAAAAGCGGUGCGAGGAAGAUCGCCCGCUACAUCGAGGCUCUUGAGAGCGAGAAGCGUUGCACCUCGAAGCGCCGCAUUCUCUAGCAGCACAGACUCUGCGUGGUCGGCCGACGAUGAGGCGCUCACAGACGCUGUGCACUCUACGAGGGUGUGUUGGAGCAUCGAACCUGGCUGCGGGUGAGUCUUCAAGAGAGUGGCGAGGCGCCAUGCGACCACCAACUGACCGCUGUGCGCCGACCAUUCGUUUGCAGCAACAUGGGCGACCGGUACUACGGUGUCGACAGCUCAAGACAAGAUGACUUGCAUCCCUUCUGAAUCUCACACGCACAUUGUGGGGUGUACAGAAUCCUUCACCCACUCACGUACUUGCGCACCCGACCGAGCCCACCAUCUUGCAGCAUAUCAAGCAACCCACGCAGACACGUCUUGGCAUCGUUAAUGAGCACAUCGACAUUGCAAUUAGGAACAUCUCAAUGCGCUUU